AUGGGCACCUACCCAGUCCUUCCCUCAUACGUAAAGUCGUCAAUGGAGGACCUGCAACAAGUUAUCGACAACAACGCAGAACAGCUCAUCGGCAAGAACGUCAUUGACAAGUUCGGCCACACCAACCUUCCUUUCCUGCCCAAGGUCUUGUCCAUCGCAAAAGCCCUUCCUCUCCAACUACAUCCCAACAAGGAACUCGCUGCCAAGCUACACAAGGAGGACCCUCAGAACUUCACAGACCCCAACCACAAGCCCGAGAUUGCUCUUGCCCUAUCCAAGUUUGAAGCUUUCUGCGGUUUCAAGCCCCUCGGUCGCAUCGAACCUCUCUUCAAGAUCGACCCCUUGAAGCAAUUCGUCCCGGAACACAGCAAGUUCGAUGAUGAGGUCCUCAAGAAGACUGUCAAUACUAUGCUCAAGGCUGAUGAGAAGACUGUCGGCUCUGUUGUUGAUGCUUUGACAAAGCUCGACAAGUCUGUGUUUGGUCAGGACACAUACAUUCCUGAACUCAUCCCUCGCCUGGCUGAGCAAUACGACAAGACCGACAAUGGUAUCCUGGUGGCUCUCGUUACCAUGAACUACCUUGUUCUCCAAGCCGGUGAAGGCAUCUACAUCCCCGCCGAUGGUAUCCACGCCUACCUCGCUGGUGAUAUCAUUGAGUGCAUGGCCCGUAGUAACAACGUUCUCAACACUGGUUUCUGCCCUCAAGCCGAGCGCAACUCUGCCGAUCUCUUCACCUCUACCCUGACCUUCAAGCCCCACGACCCCGAGGCUUGCAUGCUGCGCGGCGAAUCCUACGAUCGCAGCAAGAACGGCAAGACUCAGGUUUACAGACCUCCUAUGAGCGAGUUCAACAUGCUUGUGUCUAGACUCGGCAAGGGCGAGAAGGAGACGCUUGGUGCUGUCAACGGUCCCAGCAUCGUGCUCGCCACUGAGGGCAAGGGCAAGUUCACCGCCGAGGGCAAGUCUUACGACGUGUCCGAGGGUAAUGUCUUCUUCAUUGCUCAAGGUACUGAGCUUGAGAUUGAUGCUGCCGACGGUCUGUUCUUGCACACUGCUUAUUGCGAGUAA